GUGACCUUGUGUUACAUGAGUAGGCCGGUACACACGACACGUGUUCGCAGUCGAGAGGUAAACAUACGCGCUGACCAUUAUAACGUGUAGGGGUCAGAGGUCACCAUUACAUCUUGUGAGUGCUGAACUUGCCCCCACUUGGCCGGGCUGUGUGUGCUACUGGUGAUGGCGUGUUUCCCCUGUGUCCACCACAUCGAGGUCGGCGUCACUGACGGACCUGGAGCCAUAGAAGUUCUCAAGCUCCAGUACGGCUUCAAGGUCAAGGCCGUCCGGCACAGCCAGGUGGCUGACCAGUGGCUGAUGGUCAGGAGUGACACACGUUUCCUGAUCACAAGCCUCAAGUCUCAGGACCAGUCUCUCAUACAGAACGACAACUACGCCAUUAACUGGGCCUCCCGCCCAGCAGAACCCAGCCCUCUGCCGGAAAAACCCUCAGUGUUCAACAUCGCCUUUCAAGUCAAGAAUAUUGACGUCUGCAUUCAACGUCUGCAAGCUCAAAACGUGGCGUUCCCUAAGACGCCUAGAACUGUGACUGAUACUUCCGGCUCCGUGAACACUUGCGUCAUCAAAAGUUGUGUAGGUGACGUUUACCACACACUCCUAGAUAAAAGUAGCUACACAGGCAGCUUUCUUCCCGAGUUUAUCCCUGUGGGUAAGGAUGACGUGAGUCAAGAGUCAGGCGUCAGUGGCGAGUGUGCUGACUCACUGACGCAGAGUUUUGAUCACGUGGCCCUAGCUGUAGAGAUGAACAAAUCCAUGUCGGUGAUUGAGUGGUACGAAAAAUGUUUCGGGAUGAAAAGAUUUCUCAUCAACAGGCAAGAAAUACCAGAUGAAGGUCUAGUGCUGUCCACUGACAACGUGGGACUACGUCUCAGGGCCAUGGAGUACUGGAAGUGUGCCGAGGUGGGUCUCACCACCCCCCGGGACGACGGGGUCCUGGGGCGCCUCUCCUUGGUGGUAGCGGAAGGUUUACCUCCCGUCCCUGGCUCCACAGAAGAGAACCAGAUCGAGUCCUGGAUGAAACAACAUGGCGGCGCCGGCAUCCAGCACGUGGCCGUCCUGUGUACGGACAUCAAGAGUACGGUCAGUGAUCUCAGGAGGUGUGGGGCAGCCUUCGCCAAACCUCCCCCAGACACGUACUACACAGAGAUUGGUAGAUUGUACGAUAUACAAGAAGCGGGGGAGGAGUUGUCUGUCUUGAAAGAAAAUGGCAUCCUUAUCGAUACCGAGGCUGAUGGUAUUCAUGCAGUAACACACACUUCCGGCGAGGCCAGAAGAGACGGCUAUCUCCUGCAGAUCUUCACCCAACCCCUGCUGAAGAAAGAUCCGUUUUUCCUGGAGUUCAUCCAACGUGAGGGAGCCACGGGAUUUGGCUCUGGUAAUGUGGCGGCCCUUUAUCGCUCAGUGCAGGCUUAUAUAGUGGGCCAGCAGAACUAGAGGCAACAAUAGGAACGGCCCGGAGCCAGCAAGACUCAGGGUUGGGAGCCAACAAAACUAGGGCCCAGGGAGCCAACAAAACAGGGGGCAAUAAAAACUACAAGUCAGAAGUCAGCACAUUAGGAACCAGCCAAACUUACAGCCAUGAAAAUAUAAAAUAUUCACUUCAUAAGCGGAGAAUAAAUAUUUGUAUGAGUUUUAGAUGGUAAAGAUUAAAUAUAUAACUUGAUUUAUCAUUAUCAUUUUAAAAUCUGAUGUUUAGCUUGAAGUAGAUAUCUAUCUUGAUGCAAAUACACAAUUUGAAACCAAUACCUACCUUAAAGAAAAUAUUUAGUUUGAAACAAACUUUAAGAAAAGCUUAAAGAAAAUGUUUAGCUGCACUAUCGCUGUGAUUCCAUGUCUAGUUGAUGUCAUGACUAGCUAGUUAGACCCAACUAUCUAGCUUGCCAAGAUGUGACUAGUUACAUAACUUUAGAGGCUGGCCAAGUUUGUAAAACCGUCUGUAGAGUCUCAUAACGUCAGCUACUUCUGAUGACUUAAACACUUUGUUUUAUAAAUCAAACAACCCUUGUUAGAUGUCUUCAAAUGUAUAUAUCUAUGUAAAAGAAUUAUGUGAAUUGCAUUAUUUUUUCAACGCUCAAUAAAUUAUUUAAAAAGUUUA